AUGGCUAAAGCUUUACCACAGGUAAUGCCUGAAACAUAUCAUGGUUUAUGUUCUUGGCAUUUGAUGCAAAAUGGCAUAAAGCACCUUGGUAAUUUGAUGAAGAAUGGGUCUCAUUUUUUGAAAGACUUUAGUUUUUGCAUGUAUAAAUGCUCAGAGGAAGCUGAUUUUCAAAUAGCAUGGGAUAAAUUGCUGGAUGAAUACAAUCUUCAUGAUAACAAAUGGUUAAUAGGUGUGUACAAAGUAAAGGAAAAAUGGGCAAAAUGUUAUAUGAAAAAUACUUUCACUAUUGGCAUGCAAAGUACACAAUUUAGUGAAAGCUUUAAUGCAGAUUUGAAAACUUGCAUGAAACCUGACUUGGACAUAAUACAAUUUUUCAAACACUUUGAAAGAGUGGUUAGUGAUAAGAGAUACAAUGAGCUGCAGUGUGAAUUUGAAUCUAGGCGAAAAGUACCGAGGUUGAAGAUGGAAAAUUCACCUUUAUUGCAACAGGUUGCACAAAUAUAUACUUUACCUCUUUCUGAUAUUUUUCAAAAAGAGUAUGACAAAUAUGCAGCAUGUUAUAUAAAAAAAGAAAAUGAAGGUGAAUUAAUCCAUGACUAUCUUGUUGGGUUGUGCAAAGAGGAUGGGGAAUUUAAAGUUCUUGAUGUCAAAGAUAUAAAGAAGUUGCCCAUUCAGUAUAUUUUGAAAAGGUGGACUAGGGAAGCAAAAAAUGGAUUUGUGAAAGAUACACAUGGCAAACAUGUUCAAGAAGAUGCUAAUCUUGAUAGCACACAACAGUAUAGGCAAAUUUGUCCUAAAUUGGAAAACAAUGACAUUUCAAGUUCUCAUGAAAGUGAUCAUGGUUUUAAUAGACUUUUAAUGGAGCCACUUCAUGAUACUUUUUUUCAAUCAACAAGCACCGAGUUCGAUCCAUUGUCAAUUCCUUUGAGUAAUGUAUCAAACCUAAUGAGUAACCAAGUAUCCAUGGAGUACCAAUUCCUUUGA